AGAACGAGAGCGAAAGAGGGAGGGACAGAAGAGUAGAGAGAUAGCAGUGAGUGGAAGAGAGCUGCAGAAGAGAUUGUGCACCUGCUUCAGAGAGGACACAACCGAUGAAAAGAAAGGGAGGGAUGCAAAGAAUCAUCCGACCUCGUAUUCGGACAACCUACAAAAGCGACAAAGAACAGGAAUUCAAAGAAAAAGGGAGGACUGUGGACAAGCUUUGUAAAGACUGAGAGGAGGCAUUGAGGAGACAGAACACAACCAACAAAGUAAAGAGAUGAAGCUUGUAUAUUGAGCCGCUUUUAGGAGAAAAAUACUGAAAAUCCUGCUGUUUCACUGAAGAGAGAGAGCAGAGCAAAUGUACCGAACUCAUGGGCUGUAGAAAGUAAGCACAAUAUCACCACAAAUAAGUCAAACUUAACCAUCUGGACGUACACUGCUGGGCAACAAGGAUGCAGCCAAACAAACUACAGUUUCCUGAGCUUAGUGUAGCAUCUAAAUACUGCACAACAUGCUCUUUAAUGCAGAGACAUUGAAGACUGGAGUGAAACUGCUGCAGAAGGCUUUCAGCUGAACUGAUGCGGUCCUUAACAAGCAGCCGUUAGUACAAGCCAGCCACCAACACAGUUUGAACUUCGGACCAAAAUCACCUCGCCCCUCUCCUCUCUUCUUUCUCUUAUUCCCUGUUCUGUAUGAGAUGGAGGUCUGAGGAUCAGUCAUCAUGCCAGUGAUGAAAGGGCUUCUGGCCCCUCAGAACACCUUUCUUGACACCAUCGCCAAGCGCUUUGAUGGCACACACAGUAACUUCCUGCUGGGCAAUGCUCAGGGGAGUCGCGGGUACCCCAUCGUGUACUGUUCGGAUGGGUUCUGCGAGCUCACCGGGUUUGCACGGACAGAGGUAAUGAAGAAGACAUGCACAUGCCAGUUCCUGCAUGGACAGGAAACAAGCGAGAGAGUCACUCAGCAGGUGGACAAAACCCUGGAAGGACAGAGAGAGUUCCAGACCGAGGUCCGCUACUACAGGAAGAACGGUACUGCCUUCUGGUGUCUGCUGGACAUCGUCCCUAUUAAAAAUGAGAAGGGAGAAGUGGUUCUGUUUCUCUUAUCCUUCAAAAACAUCACUGACUCGUAUGGCAAAUCACAUCCCGGCUCCACCACAGAAGAGGAUGGUACUCACAACAGGAAGUCCGGUCGAACUCAUCUGAGUCAAGCUCGUGAGCGUGGCCGCAGCGUCCUGUACCACCUGACCUGUCAGUUCACCAAUAGGAGCAGAAGGAAGCUGCCAAAUCAUGUUUUUUCACAGCCAACUCUCCCGGAAUACAAGGUGGCAUCGGUGCAGAAGUCCCGCUUCAUUUUGCUUCAUUACAGUGUGUGCAAAGCAUUGUGGGACUGGUUGAUCCUCCUUGCGACAUUUUACGUGGCUGUCACCGUCCCGUACAACGUCUGCUUCUCCAUCCCUGACGACCCGGACUGUGACUCCACCUCCAGAACCACCCUUGUCAGCGACAUAGCCGUGGAGAUGCUCUUCAUCCUCGAUAUCAUUCUGAAUUUCCGAACCACGUACGUUGGGCCUGCGGGUCAGGUGGUUUAUGAUGCUCGCUCGAUCUGUUUACACUACUGCACCACCUGGUUCGUCCUGGACCUCAUCGCUGCUCUGCCCUUUGACCUGCUCUAUUUAUUCAACAUCUCAGUGACUUCCCUCGUGCACUUGUUGAAGACCGUGCGUUUGCUGCGUCUCCUGCGCUUGCUGCAGAAGCUGGAUGGUUAUUCUCAGUACAGUGCUGUGGUCCUGACACUGCUAAUGUCUGUAUUUGCCCUGCUGGCACACUGGUUGGCCUGUGUUUGGUACGUCAUUGGACGCAAAGAGCUUGCCAGCAAUGACCCCCUGACCUGGGACAUCGGUUGGCUACAGGAGUUGGGCAAGCGUCUGGAGACUCCUUACACGAACGGUACAGUUGGCGGCCCAUCUUUGCGCAGCGCCUACAUCGCUUCGCUCUACUUCACAUUGAGCAGUCUGACUAGCGUUGGGUUUGGAAACGUCUGUGCCAACACAGACGCUGAGAAGAUCUUCUCCAUCUGUACCAUGCUUAUCGGGGCCCUGAUGCACGCCGUUGUGUUUGGAAACGUGACAGCCAUCAUCCAGCGCAUGUACUCCCGCCGUUCGCUCUACCACACACGCAUGAAGGAUCUGAAGGACUUCAUCCGUGUGCAUCGCCUGCCCCAGCAGCUGAAGCAGCGCAUGCUGGAGUACUUCCAGACCACUUGGUCUGUCAACAAUGGCAUUAACGCCAAUGAGCUCUUACAUGACUUCCCAGACGAGCUGCGUGCAGACAUCGCCAUGCACCUGAACAAAGACAUUCUGCAGCUGCCGCUCUUCUCCUCCGCCAGUCGGGGUUGCCUGCGUUCACUAUCCUUGCACAUUAAGACUUCGUUCUGUGCACCUGGAGAGUACCUCAUUCGACAUGGAGAUGCCCUGCAUGCUCAACACUUCGUCUGCUCGGGGUCUUUAGAGGUCCUCAAGGACGGCAUGGUGCUUGCCAUACUGGGUAAGGGAGACCUGAUUGGCGCUGACCUGCCUGGUAAGGAUCAGGUGAUCAAAGCUAAUGCAGAUGUAAAGGCUCUGACCUACUGUGAUCUACAGUACAUCAGUGUCAGAGCGCUGCAGGACGUUCUGGAGCUCUACCCAGAAUAUGUCAGCCGCUUUAAUGAGGACAUACACCACAACCUCACCUACAACCUCAGAGAGGGCCAAGCCAGAUUCUCUCACUCAACUCAACUCCCACAGGAGCGCUUUGAUGAUUCCAAGCUGCCGUUUAUUGUGGAGGCACAGCAAGACAAGGAUGCUGGACAGGACCUGUGUAGGAAGCCCCUGCUCACUGGUUUGGGCGGUCCUUCAUCUCAGUCUAAUCUGAGUGCCAUGUUAGGGGAGGAAUUUCGGCACCUUAGCAUGCUUCGUGUCGGCAGAUCACACAUUCAAAGCCCUUCUCCUCAGAUGCCACCCCAUGAUAAUCUGUCUCCAGCUGCAGUUCCUCCUCCAAGAAUAGACAAGAGCUCCAGCCACAAACCUGCCAAACUGCUCAUUCCCUCGCUGAAUUGUGUCAGCCCGUUGGACCUGAGCCCCCGGGUUGUUGAUGGCAUUGAGGAUAACGGACAUGCUUUUCACUUCAAUGUUGAGCACAGUGAGCCAUCUCCUAACACAGAGGUCAAAGACCCCUUUCAGGUUGGCGCAAACCUUCUACUAGAGACAGAGGGGGUCAGACAGAGUCUACGUCAACUCAAUACAGAGAUGAACCACCUAAACCAGGAAGUGUCUUCACUGACCAAGGAGUUCCACGAAAUGAUGCAAUUCCUGCAUAUGCAUGUGACCCCACCUCACUUCCCGUCAUCUUUCACUCCCUUCAGCUCUUUCAACUGUCAUACAUCAUCCAACUGUACCAACGUGGCCUCCUCAACCACCGACUGGCCAUCUAGACUAGCUUUUAACAUGUCUGCUGGUCCUUGCCUGCAGCUGGAGGCGUCUCAGAGAGAUUCUUUAGGAUCCAGGCACAUAUGCAUUUGCAGCGGGAGCCAUGCCCAGGAAAGAGGCUCCGUCUUGGGACAGGAAGGGGACAUAGCGCUCCUCCAUCAAGCUCCCAGUCCUCACUCAACCUAUUUUCCAAGCUGCCCUGACCAAGAAAGGGUCGCCACAUUGGGUGUAGAGAGUCAACUAAACCCAUGUCAGACUUCUAAAACAACACCCAACUCUCCUUAUCUAGGACACCAUGUUCCUCGCAAUAGCGGGUCACUCCUCGGCUUGGCGGCAUUUCCGUCCAGUGGUUUGGUUCCUCAGGAUAGGAGUGGGGGUCCUGGCAGCACAUUGUCUCUGUGCACCCAUAACAUCCAGAGUCAGUCGCAUCCAUCUUUAAACAUUCAGAUGACCUCUGACCUGCACAACAAGGUGCCCACACCCAUCCAUUUAUCGGUUACACCAAGUGGCCCAUCAGAGCCCAUUACAGCAGUCAGUUCACUUUUACAUUCUGGGAUUUGUAGUUCCAGCUUGCUGCAUUUCCCCACGGGUCAGAGACAGAAUGACCUGGUGGGAUCGAGUCCUGUUCACACACUUGAGCACAUUUUAUCAUCCCAUGGCGAAAAACAGGGGAGACCAGGACCUGCUGAUGAGUGACACAAUGACUGAGUCGUCACUGUGCAGGAGUGAUGGAAAUUUUAAAAGUACUCUAACACACUCUUUGUCUACUGCAUGGAUAAUGCUUCCAUUUUAACCAAAUUCAAUGCAUUGUGGGAGCUGUUUAUGUGGGUUAUGCUAGUCAUGCACGAUAAUGUGCAAAACCGUGCCUAUUGUUUCAAAAUCGCCUCUUUUUCAGUUCAAGUAGGACUUUAAGGUCUGUGCGUCAUCCUCAAUUGUAUUUAGGUUAAAUCAGUUUCCACUGGUUGUUUUUGUAAUUGUAUUUUACUCCAUAUGGCUUGAUUUUACAUUGGCAGUUUCACCGUGUAGGUUUUGUAUAAGACGGUGUCCCUCAGGACUGAGUCAUAGAUUACGAAGAGCCAGAAUUUACAGGCUGUUAUCACACUGCAUCUUUUUCAAAGCCUCAUUUAAAAACACUUAUGUUUUAAUAACAAAAGAUUAACUGCAUUCUUUUUCCCUGACAUUUUCGAGUGUGUUAAAGGGAUAGUUCACACGAAAAUCUAAAAUCCGCCAUCUUCUGUGGACCAAAAAAGAAGAAUUUUUAAGAUUUAUUUAUUUUUUAUUAUGGUCUCUCACAUAAUAUUUAUAAAAGUAUGUGCAGAGCAAUAUAAAUGACAAUUUGUUUAAUGGGCCUCUUUUUUUUUAAUUGUCAGAAAGAAUAUUGAAAAAACCUGAUUUAUUCUUUCUCUUCAUAAAUCUUUUCUGGACCUCUUUCAUACCAAUAAUGCUAAAUAAAUCUUCCAUUUCCUUAUCUCUCAACUGCGCCUGACUAAAUUGAAUGACUUGGGGUUGUAAAAAAAAGCAUUUGCCUGUUGAAAAUGCCCUCUUCAUAGAAUAAACCACACAUCUGUUUUCCAGUCAUUGCACUAUAGUACUUCUCAGGCUGAUCAAUUCUCAUAAAAAAAGAGAUACAGUACAGUACAGUGCCGUCCACUAAUACUGGCACCCUUGAUAAAAAUAAGCAAAACAGACUGAAAAAAUUUUAUAUUUAUCCUUUUGUUCUUUCAUUGAACAUAUCCACAAAAAUCUAACGUUUAAUUACAGUAUGUAUAAGAAACUGCCACACGAAGAAACUAUUAUGUAAAACUAUCCAAAGUCAACAUGAUAACUGUUGUUUUAUUAUUCAGCUGAUAUGACUGCAACAUCAGAAUGUGCUUAACCGCACGUCUAAGUAAAGACACAUAGUGGAAAAAUCUCGUUUAAACCACACAUACUGAGGCGGCUAUGCUGCACUGAUCUUCUCUGAAGAGAUGUGUCUUUAGACGCCCACCAUCUCGCUCUUUCUGUCUACAUCAGGGCUCCAGACACAUCAUUAGCCGCAGGAGGCUACCCACACAUGCUGCUUGCUUGUGGGAUAAUCUGACUAACAACCUGUUAUCUCUCAGCUCCUCCCCAGGCCGAUAUAUGCCUCAUGUCAACAUUUCAUAAAGGAUAUUUAUUUCUAUAUCUAUAUGCAACCUUUUCUGCUGUUUUUUUAUUUAUUUGGAAAAUGCAGCUGGAACAUUGAUUGAUGGCGCUAGAAUUUGCCUAGUUGUUGAAAUAUCCUAUUUUGUCAUCAGAGUGCCAAUCUUUUGGCCAUGGGGAAAUAUUAUUUUAUUAUUAUUAUUAUUGUAAUCAUAUACUGAAUGCGUAAUAUUUCUCGGAUAAUGAGUAGAAACAGUUGCUGUGUGCCUGAGUAAACUUUAGCACGGUUAGUAGUAGCAUAAAGCAGUUGUUGAGAAAUGGCAGCAUAUGUGUACUCGCCACCUACGACACAACUUUAAUAACACAUUGCUCACUAACCGUUCUACAUAUACUGCUGGGCAGUAACUAAUUAGCAGGAUGUGUUGCUUCUAACGCAGUGUAGAAGAGAUCUGAUUUAAUUUGACAGCAAUAUGUGAGUGGGAACUAAAUAAAGGAAGGCUGUAGCCUAUUGAAACAUCAGAUAUGCAUAAUAAAACUGGGUAUCCUUGCUUCAUUGUUUCUCAAACCAGGGGCUUCAUCAAACAUCUAAGGUAGGCUACACUCAGAACAAAAGC